AGACAGGGCUAAGGUUCCCUGCUUAGCCCGGCACCGCAGAAUAAGCGGGCAGCCCCGGCAAGGCGGCCGAUGCAUCACGAAAGUCGAAGCUUCACGGAUGGGACUCUGCCCAGCCCAGGAAGUUCAAAGGCGGCGGCUAGAACGUCCCUCCGCGGCUCUAUGGCGGAAAGAGGGCCAGAGGGACGCCGCCGCGGGGCAUUCUGGGACGGCCGCCGCCGGCCCCGCUCCGUCCGGAAGAGGAAGCGUCGCGCAGGGGCCCAUGGAGGAGCGCGCGGAGGCGGCGGCUGCGGAGGCCUCGCUGCACCGGCUGGCCGGGCUCGCGCCCGAGGGGCAGGUGGGGGGGCUGGUGCUGGUCAAGCGGCGCAGCGCCGCCGAGGAGCAGCACGUCUUCAAGAUCCCGGCGCCGCGCGCCUCCCUGCUGGGCCUCGACCUCCUGGCCGCCCAGAAGCGCCGCGAGCGGGAGGACCGGCCCGCCAAGAGGCCCCGCGGCGGGACCGCCGAGGAGGGCGCGGACGAGCCGCCCCGGCAGCCGCCGGAGGAGCCGGGCGACGGGGCGGGGCGGGGCGGCCGCCGGCGCAGGGACAGGCAGUACCGCUCGGCCCAGGCGGAGACGCCGUCGAACCCGGGGGGCGUCAGCGAGGGCUUCUGGGAACGCAGCCGGCAGCGGGAGCGCGAGCGGCGGGAGCAGGGCGUCUUCGCCUCGUCCAAGGAGAAGGAGCGCCGGAGGGAGCAGGAGCGUAAGCGCGACCGAGGUGAGCCAGGGCCCGGCGCCGGCCUCGCGGGACCCUCUGCCCACGCUGCUGACCUGCCAUUCUCCGCAGAGACCCGUGACCGCGGCCGGCGCACUCCCCGCGCCGACAAGGAUGGCUCUUCGGAGAGGAGCAGGAGCGCCCCGAGGACCGAGCCGGAGAGUCCGCGGCAGCCGCCCAAAGAUGCAGCCACGCCGUCGCACUCGAGCUGGGAGGAGGAAGACAGCGGUUACAGCGGGUCCCGCCGCUCCCAGUGGGAGUCUCCCUCCCCGGCUCCCUCCUGCAGGGACUCGGAGCGGAGCCACCGGAGCCCUGCUCAACCUCGGGAGAGCGAGAGGCGGGGCGACCGCGAACGGUCCAGCAGGAGCAGAGGCCCCGAAGAGACGCCUUUGCCCACCCCUACUUACAAAUACAACGAGUGGGCUGACAACCACAACCGAAGGCAUUUGGGUGGACCCCCUUGGCUCUCCAGAGGCAGGGGGAGAUGUGAGGAUGGGGAAGAUGGCAUUGCAUUUGAAACGGAGGAAGAACGGCAGCAAUGGGAGGACGAUCAGCGGCAAGCUGACCGGGACUGGUAUAUGAUGGACGAGGGCUAUGAUGAGUUCCACAACCCUCUGGCUGCCUCCUCAGAGGAGUACGUGAGGAAGCGUGAGCAGCACCUGCAGAGGCAAAAGCAGACGCGCAUCUCAGCUCAGCGCAGGCAGAUCAAUGAGGAUAACGAGCGCUGGGAGACCAACCGCAUGCUGACGAGUGGUGUGGUGCAUCGGCUGGAGGUGGAGGAGGACUUUGAGGAGGAUAAUGCUGCCAGGGUGCAUCUCUUAGUGCACAACCUGGUACCUCCUUUUCUGGAUGGGCGCAUUGUUUUCACCAAGCAGCCUGAGCCCGUCAUCCCUGUCAAAGAUGCCACCUCCGACUUGGCCAUCAUUGCCCGCAAAGGCAGCCUGUUGGUGCGGAAGCAUCGGGAGCAAAAAGAGCGCAAGAAGGCCCAGCACAGGCACUGGGAGCUGGCAGGGACAAAACUUGGGAACAUAAUGGGCAUAAAAAAGGAGGAGGAGGAGGAAUCAAGGCAAGUCCUGGCCGAGGAUGGCACGGUGGAUUACAGGACAGAACAGAAGUUUGCUGGACAUGUGAAAGAGAAGAGUGAGGCAAGCAGUGAGUUUGCCAAGAAAAAGUCAAUUGUGGAGCAGAGGCAGUACUUGCCCAUCUUCGCUGUUCAGCAAGAGCUUUUGACAGUUGUCAGAGACAACAGUAUUGUGAUUGUGGUGGGAGAGACGGGCAGUGGCAAAACAACGCAGUUGACACAGUACCUACACGAGGACGGCUACACGGACUAUGGCAUGAUUGGCUGCACACAACCACGUCGAGUGGCAGCCAUGUCCGUGGCCAAACGUGUUAGUGAGGAGAUGAACGUGGCCCUUGGGGAGGAGGUGGGCUACGCCAUCCGCUUUGAGGACUGCACUUCGGAGAGUACCGUGAUUAAGUACAUGACAGACGGGAUCUUGCUUCGGGAGUCUCUGCGUGAAGCUGAUCUUGACCAUUACAGUGCCAUCAUCAUGGACGAGGCUCAUGAACGCUCGCUCAACACGGAUGUGCUGUUUGGCCUCCUGCGAGAAGUGGUAGCCCGUCGCUCAGAUCUCAAGUUGAUUGUUACCUCGGCCACCAUGGAUGCAGAGAAGUUUGCGUCUUUCUUUGGAAAUGUGCCCAUCUUCCACAUUCCAGGCCGCACAUUUCCUGUCGACGUUCUCUUUAGCAAGACUCCGCAAGAAGACUAUGUGGAGGCAGCAGUGAAGCAGGCCCUGCAGGUCCACCUCUCCAGUGCCCCUGGAGAUAUCCUCAUUUUCAUGCCAGGCCAGGAGGACAUCGAGGUUACGUCUGAGCAGAUUGUGGAGCAUCUGGAAGAACUGGAAAACGCUCCUGCUCUGGCUGUGCUACCAAUCUACUCUCAGCUACCUUCAGAUUUGCAGGCCAAGAUCUUCCAGAAGGCACCAGAUGGAGUCAGGAAGUGUAUUGUGGCCACCAAUAUUGCAGAAACCUCGUUGACAGUUGAUGGGAUCAUGUUUGUGAUCGACUCCGGAUAUUGCAAACUGAAGGUCUUCAACCCACGGAUUGGCAUGGAUGCCCUGCAGAUCUAUCCAAUCAGCCAGGCUAAUGCAAAUCAGCGCUCUGGCCGAGCUGGAAGGACAGGCCCAGGUCAGUGUUUCAGACUGUACACCCAGAGUGCAUACAAGAAUGAACUGCUGACCACCACUGUCCCCGAGAUCCAACGUACCAAUCUGGCCAAUGUGGUGCUGCUUCUUAAGUCUUUAGGGGUGCAAGACCUGCUACAGUUCCACUUUAUGGAUCCCCCUCCAGAAGACAACAUGCUCAACUCAAUGUACCAGUUGUGGAUUCUCGGGGCGCUUGAUAACACAGGUGGUCUGACAUCAACUGGACGUCUGAUGGUGGAGUUUCCCCUUGAUCCAGCCCUCUCCAAGAUGCUGAUUGUUUCUUGUGAUAUGGGCUGCAGUUCUGAGAUCCUGCUGAUCGUCUCCAUGCUCUCAGUUCCAGCCAUUUUUUACCGACCAAAGGGUCGGGAGGAAGAAAGCGACCAGGUGCGAGAGAAGUUUGCUGUUCCCGAGAGCGACCACUUGACUUACCUGAAUGUUUAUCUGCAGUGGAAAAAUAACAGUUAUUCAACGCUCUGGUGCAAUGAACACUUCAUUCACGCCAAGGCCAUGCGGAAGGUGCGGGAGGUGCGAGCGCAGCUGAAGGACAUCAUGGUGCAGCAACACAUGAGCCUGGCUUCCUGCGGCACCGACUGGGACGUGGUUCGCAAGUGCAUCUGUGCUGCUUACUUUCACCAGGCUGCAAAACUGAAGGGCAUCGGGGAAUAUGUCAAUAUCCGCACAGGGAUGCGCUGCCACUUGCACCCUACCAGCUCGCUUUUUGGGAUGGGCUACACUCCCGACUAUAUUGUCUACCAUGAACUGGUGAUGACCACCAAGGAGUACAUGCAGUGUGUCACAGCUGUGGAUGGGGAAUGGCUGGCUGAGUUGGGGCCCAUGUUCUACAGUAUCAAGCAUGCUGGCAAGUCUCGUCAGGAGAGCCGGCGGCGAGCCAAGGAAGAAGCAUCUGCCAUGGAAGAAGAGAUGGCUCUGGCGGAAGAGCAGCUCCGUGCUCGCAGAGAAGAACAGGAGCGUUGUAAUCCAAUGGGCAGCGUCAGGUCCACAAAGAUUUAUACACCAGGGCGCAAAGAGCAAGGCCAGCUUGCCACACCUCGCCAUACCCCAGCUCGCUUUGGCCUCUAGCCAUGGACAUCUGCAUUAUAUAUAGCUUCGCGUUGGCUCUGCUGCCGAGAUCAGGAUAUCAUUUUAUUGUUUAUAUAAACAUUGUUGCUCCUGGA